AAACGAGCAAUAAUUAAUAAAUUUUAAUAAAACUGAAAAACGAACGCUUAAAAGCAUAGUCGGUCGGUUAGUGUAUUAAUUGUAACCAAAAUAGUAUUUUUAAAAGACCCACAAAAAUGGCAAUGCUCGAGGCCCGGCCUUAUCGGCCUUUCAAAUCGAGCGAGGAAUACUUGGAGGCGAUGAAGGAGGACUUGGCCGAGUGGUUGAGCACGCUCUAUCCAGAUUUAAACAUAAAUGCGGAGAAUUUUAUGGAUCGUCUAGAUACUGGAGUCGCACUAUGCAAGCACGCGAACUAUGUACGCCAAGCGGCUGAGGAUUACUUGGCUCGCCGUCAGGCCCGCAACAAAUCGAUGACGCGCUCAAUGACUUCCGGCUCGGCCGGCCCCAUUCUCGCCAUGGGUAAUGUACAUUACUUGCCAGCAGCUAAAAGCGGAACAUUCUUUUCACGCGACAAUGUGUCCAAUUUUAUAACCUGGUGCAGGAAAAGCCUUAAAAUAAUCGAGUGCCUACUAUUCGAAACGGAUGAUUUGAUAAUGCGAAAGAACGAGAAACAUGUGAUCCUUUGUCUGUUGGAAGUGGCGCGUCGCGGCGCUAAGUUUGGUAUGCUCGCACCCAUGCUGGUGCAGAUGGAGCGGCAAAUCGAUCGAGAAAUCGCCGCCGACAACAAAGCGAAUGGAAUUGGGUGUGGCACACAAACAGACAACGCCGAUGCGACUGGCACACAAACCGAGAUCGGCAUCAAUACCGAUAAUGUCGCCACAGAAACCGAUAUGUUCGACAGCGAUUCGGAGAAUGAGGACGACGACGAUAAUAGCCCGAUGCUGAUGUAUGGCCCACAACCGCAAAUUAUCACCAACGAUUUGAAGAGUUUGGAUGAGAUGGUCAGAGAUUUGGUCGAGAAGUGUACGUGUCCAUCGCAGUUCCCAAUGGUACGCGUGUCGGAGGGCAAAUAUCGAAUUGGCGAUACGAAGGUGUUAAUAUUUGUACGGAUUCUACGCUCUCACGUUAUGGUACGUGUCGGCGGUGGUUGGGACACUUUGGCUCACUAUCUGGAUAAGCACGAUCCUUGCCGUUGUAAAGCACAGCAUCGUUCAUCAGUUGCAGCACGCCUGGUGCCACGCACCACCAACCAAACUAACGGAGGCAUUGAAUUGCACAAAGCACAAGUCAUCUAUGAGCGCUCACCGCCGUCUACGCGUAAAAUUAUUUCCAACUUCAACAAUCAGGCUGCCGGCAAUGGAUCCGCAACAUCAUCGCCCAUUUCCAACAAUAACUCUUACAAUUUGUCACCCAAUUUCGGCAAUAAUAAUAAGCAAAUCAGUCGCAGUCCCACGCCUCAACGUAAGUUUCUUAAUCACCACAAUACUGCGAAUGCAACAGAUGGCGCUGUUGGAGAAAAACUUUUAACAGCAAAUGGCACAAAUGGUGCUGCAACAUUGUCGCCUUCACCAAAUUUAGCACGUCGUUCCAUGUCGCCCAGCCCGCGCCGACUUAUUGAUAUGCGUAAGAAGCAGAGCUCGUUGGAUUCAAGUAACGGUAGUGGUCCCAAAUCCUUGCCAAUUUGCAGUGAAACCGUGGGCAAUCAUAUACAAUUUGAUGGACUCAACUAUACGGCUGGACAAACUGAGAAUGCCGUUACGCAAGUGGGAACCGGCAACACGGAUGCCAGCACAAAUGGCACAAACAAUAAAUUCGAAAAUAUCAGUGACAAUGGCAGUGAAAUCAGCGAUGAGGGCUAUCGUAGUCUGGGUGUGAUACAAUCAAAUGCCCAAAAGCGUGAGUCACUGCACAGUCAGGCUUCGGUGGAGGACGCUGAAAGUAAUGCGCGUCUUGAUCAGACCUCCAGUGAUUCACAACUAUCACCAGUCGAUGAUUUGACCAUAUCUAACAAGGCAGUCGACAUACUUGGCUCCGAUUUUAACAGCACACCUAUGGAGCUGAAUAUUGAUGCUGGACCGCAGUCACUGCCAGCUGUACUCACCACACCGGCACAAAAUUUUACGCAAAUCAAUCUGGCAGAUAAUUUCGAACGAUCAGGAAUCUUUAUAACCGACGAUGAAAUCACUGUUGAUGUGGCAAAUGCCACGGGUUUGCGCAAAACUGGAUUUUCCAACAAGAUUUUCGGCGGCGAUGAUGUUACCGAUAACAGUGUCGCAACGAGUAAGGAACCAAAAGAUAAUAAUGUGGGUAAAAGUAGUAAAAUACCACGCUCGCCAGUAGCGCCGCGCCGACGUAGUCUCGACAACAGCAAUUGCAGCAGCGCCAGCAUGCAGGACAUUUCGACGCGUACCGGCCUGCCGGUAUUCAACCGCAAACAGCCCGUUUACCGUUCCGUACGUCGUCCGGCCACCGAAAUCAACAGGAAUAGUGACAAUGUAUCCGCCGCAGCCGCGACGCGUAAAUCAACAACGCCACCCGUGCGUGAGGUCACAAACACUUGGAGUGGACGCGCCGCAGCCGGCAAAAAGCGCCCGACACUCAAUGCCGACACCUUCACCGCGCACAAUGGUGCCGCAACACCCAGCAGCGGCAAUGCCUUCGAACGUAACACACGCACACGCUCCUCUCAGAUACUUUACGACAGCAAUGGACGUCGCGUACGCGGUUGCACGGCCUCACUUACCACCUCGCCGGUAAAGAACUACAAUACGUCACCAUUGGCGCAACAACUACUCGAAGCGGCCAGCAGCGCCAAAAAUGAUGCACAAAUUCUAGAAAAAAUGAAAGUAUUACUCUCACGCUAUUCCAGCAACAGCAAUGCGCCCAAUGGCAGCGUCACAAAUGCCAGAACACCAGCUGGCGGCAACAGCAACAAUAAGAAGCCCGUCUACGAGGACUUCACAUCAGCCUGGGUGCACAGCAAUGGCAAUCUGGAGCGUUCCAACAGUUGUUCACCACCCACAAAAAGUCUCUCGAAACGCAGCUCGGCCGCCUCCUCCACAGAGAGCACACAAUCGCGCGAGGUGGCUUCGGUCAUUGUUUCGCCGCGACGCGAUCGCGGUUUAUCCAAAAUUCCAGCACCGACACGACAACACACCGAGCUGUACUAACACACGAUGCAAAUGCCCGCCAGGCUGCGCAUACAGCAGAGGGCAAUAAUGUUGCAGCAACGAAAAAGACAAGUGUAAGAAGUGUUUGGAGUAGUGCUGGUCGAGGAAGUACCCAAUGCAGCCAAGCAUUUUACCCGUUAACGUUAAUUAUGUAUGUCUGUAGGUAGUUUUAUAAUUUUCUAAGCUGUAGUGUGAAAUUUUAAAAUGGAAAGUAAUAUUUUUUUUCUGGUUAUGGCAACCGAAAAAAGUUUAAUGAUAAUUUUUAUACGAAACUAAUUUUUAUAUGACAUUAAUUUUAUUACUGCACAAUUUCGGUUUUUAUUUUUGUUUUUUUUUUAUUCAAAGCUCUUCUAACAACGGACAGUAAAGGUAACUGUAAUUUUUUAUAUGAAUUCCGCUUUUGUUUGCGUGAAUAAAACGCUUAGCCGUACUUCUAUGUUAUGUUUUAUUAGCAAUGCGUACGCCACGGCGUGUACUUAUCGCGGAGAUUUUUGAAGAAAAAGCUUUUCUCACGUCAGUGAUGUGCAAUUAUGACAAGUAAAACACUAUUAAAAUCAAAAAAAGUUAAUUUCAAAAUUUUAUAAAAAUUAAUGAAAAUACUUUCUUUUGUUGAAGCGUUCGCACUAAUUGUACAUACCAUAUAUUGUACUAGUAUAUUAUAUAAAAAUAUAUAACUGUCACAAAUGCCUAAAAUAUAAACAUAUAUGUAUGUAUACCAAAAAUAAUUUACAAACACAUGUUGAAUACAGUAUUUUCUUUAACUAAACCAGUCACAAUUAGCAUAAACCAACGGGAUCUGCCACAGCGGAAUUAAUAGUUUUCCAGGAGCUUAGCACUGACAGCUUGAAACUGACAAUUAACGGCAAUAAUUU